GAGACAGGAGGAAGAUGGCGGCGGGGGCGAGGUGAGGUGUUGGCAGUAGAAAGGGGGCCGGGCGCGGGAGGCGAGGGAACGCGGAGAGAUGGCCCGCGCCGGCCGCAGGGGUAGGUAAGAAGUCGUCGCGCCGCGGGUGUGGGAGGGUAGGACACCUGGGCGCAACGGGAGUAUGACGGGGCUGUACGAGCUGGUGUGGCGGGUGCUGCACGCUCUGCUGUGCCUGCACCGCACGCUCACCUACUGGCUCCGCGUUCGGUUCGGCACCUGGAACUGGAUUUGGCGGCGCUGCUGUCGCGCCGCCUCCGCCGCGGUCCUAGCGCCACUCGGCUUCACGCUCCGCAAGCCCCCGGCUGUAGGCAGGAACCGCCGUCCUUACCGGCACCCGCGAGGGGGGCCGGGCGCGGCCGCUCCCCAUCCCCGGCUGCGCUGGCGCGCGGACGGCCGUUCCCUGCAGAAGCUACCUGUACACAUGGGCCUGGUGAUCACUGAGGAGGAGCAGGAGACCAGCUACUCGGACAUCGCAAGCCUCGUGGUGUGGUGUAUGGCCGUGGGCAUCUCCUACAUUAGCGUCUAUGACCACCAAGGUAUUUUCAAAAGAAACAAUUCCAGAUUGAUGGAUGAAAUUUUAAAACAACAGCAGGAACUUCUGGGCUUAGAUUGUUCCAAGUACUCGACAGAAUUUGCAAAUAGUAAUGACAAAGACGAUCAAGUUUUAAAUUGCCAGUCGGCAGUGAAGGUCCUGUCCCCAGAAGAUGGAAAAGCAGAUAUCGUGAGAGCUGCUCAGGAAUUUUGCCAGUUAGUAGCCCAGCAGCAAAAGAAAUCCACAGAUUUGGAUGUACAUAUGUUAGACAGUUUACUUAAUUCCAGUGGUUUCCCUGAUCCUGAUGUGGUAUUGAAGUUUGGUCCUGUGGAGAGCACAUUAGGCUAUCUUCCUUGGCACAUCAGAUUGACUGAGAUUAUCUCUUUGCCUUCCCACCUAAACAUCAGAUAUGAGGACUUUUUCUCUGCCCUUCGUCAAUAUGCAGCCUGUGAACAGCGUCUGGGAAAGUAGUGAUCCCUGGUUGCAUAAUUUGAUUUCAGACUUUUGGAGAAAAGGACCCAAGUGACUCUGAUGUUUACAAAGCACCCAUGAAACCCUAUACACACCUAGUUCAUAAUCCUCAUAAUUUAUCAACAAACACAAAAAAGUGUCUUACUUGAGAGUAAGAGUAUGUGUGAGUGAGUUGCGUGUGUGUGUACAUGAGCGUGUGUGUAUAGAAAUACAUUUAUAAAUGGGGAAAUAUUGGAGAAGGAAAUACGUGGACUUGUACCUUUGAGCAAAUAGCAGCAGUUUUAGGAGCUGAAAUUUCAGUUUUAAAGGCUUCAGUCCCAAUGACUUCCCUGUUUUGUAGGGAGAGGAAUUAGUCAUUUUUGGGGGGUGGGGAAUAAUUUUUUUUUUCAGUCUUUCAUAGUGACCAAACUUUAAUUUUUAAAAAUAAUAUAUCGACUUAUUAAAUGGAAGCAUUCUGAGUUUGAGGGAUUUCCAGAAGAAUGGAGUUCUGUGUUACUCACAUGUUAUUAAAAACUUGCUCACCAUUUGGAGCAGAGGGAAUAUCUAUUUUCAGAUAUCCGUCCAUUUUCAUCUCAUCAUUAUUGUCAAACAAUGUGACUUAACAGUGUUGAUCUGGUGUCUUUGUUCUGAGUUGUGAAGAUCAUUUGAAAAAGAACUCUUACAACACUGAAAUGCCAAAUUUUAAAAAUUUUAAUAUUGUAUUAGGCAGUCAAAAAAUGGUGAAAAAGUUGUAAUCUUAAAAGUAAAGGUGGAAAACUUCCAGAAAAAGAAAGAAAGUUUGAAUUUUCUUUUCCGUUUGGUGGGCAGUGUGCUAGAUAGUACCCAAAAUUGGUUUAAAAAUUAUUUCAAUGAACUAUAUUUAUUUAAAAUAAAUAUUUGAGGGAAGUUACCAAGGCAGCUCUUUUCCUCAAAAGUAAUCUACCUGUUCCUCUUUGGAAUAACAUAUUUUAGGCCAUGUUAGUACCUAGGAUUUUUACUCAGUAAAUCCUAAUGGUGACUUAGUGUAAAGGAUCUUUAAGUAAGAUUGAGGCCUGCAUAGGUAAUAAAACAUUACCAAAGUCUACAAAAGUAAAUUAAUUUCACGUGUUCUCUUUUAUGACAGAGAACAACACUGGUUCUGUUAUUUUUUUAAUGAAUAAGUGAUUUUUGAUAUGCCUUUAGUAUUUCUUCUCUCACUGCUGCUGAUCUUUGGACAGAAACCAUUCAUAUUUUAUGGACUGUUUUCGGAAAAAUCUUAUCAAAAAAUAUAUAAUAGUUAUCUAAAAUUGUACAUUUAGAAUGGAGUCCUGGAAGUCUGAAAAAUAGAGAAGACUGGAUUUGGAAAACAAGGUCUGGAAUUGCUUGUCAAAUUCUGAAGCUAUGAAGAAUAUUUCAACUUUGGAUUACAAAACCCCAUUUAUGAUUUUUAAAAUACACUUGAAAUAAAAUGAUUAAACUAAAUUUUGGUUUAGUGACAUUACUUUGCACUUACAGUCCUUUGUACAUUGUAAGAAUUUUUUUUUUUAAAUCUUAACUUAUUGCUAAAAGUUUUGUGUGAAACUACAGCAUAUCUUUAAACUUUUAACAGAAUUUUUUUUAUUUCUGUUGCCCUGUACUGUGAUUCAUGUUCUAUUGAGGCUUUUUUUGGCCUUGGUGUAAGACUGAAUGUAUGCCUUUUAUAAACAUGUAUCUUUUUUAAACAUUCUGGAAUAUGUAUGGCUUUAAUGAAUUAAAUUUAAUGGGCCCAAUUGAAGUGAAGAGAUUUAAUAUUUGUUAAAAUUAAGUUAGUCAAAUGAAUAACCCACUAGGAUGUAGCCAAAGUUGCUAAAGGUUUAAUAGUUGUGUCUUUGUACUUUAUUUUCUCUUUCCAUUUUAUAGCAAUGUAGUGUUACACAUCAGGUUAUAAACCUAAACUUGUGACCUGAGUCCGUUAUAGUCCGAGGAAGAGACCCUUAAAACAAGUUGCUAAGGAUUCUCAAUUCAGAUAUAGGCAUUCCAAAUCCUUUUCCUCAUGAAUUCAACUGUUCAUAUGAUUUCCACAACUUGAAUGGCAUUGGUCAUUCUAUAAUUCCUGCCAAAAUUAUCACUAGUUAGCAUUAUCAGGGCUCUCUUGGCACUCCUAAGAACAGAUUAUUUUCAAGAAAAAUGUUGUUUGUCUUUAUGUGUAUGGAAAGAUAUUAUCUUUAAAUUGUUUCUUCUUGACACUCCCACAAUGGAAAAAUUAUCAAAUUAAACCUACAUUAUAGAUGGCAGCUGGGAGCAUAGCAAAAGUCAGAGGAUUUGAAUUCCAUUCCCAAUUCUAGUUGUGUUUCUUAAAAGUGAUUACUAUUAAAGUUUGAAAGCUGGGUUUGAGGUGAAUUAGUAAAUUCUGGUAUAUCGUGAUUAAGGCUUAGUAAUGCCUGUCGUAAGAGAUGCAGGUGUUAUAUUGUUAAUGAACAGUGCCAAAUACACUGUGCAUACCUACAAAUUAAUCUUUGAAUGUAUGUUACUUGAUAGCUCCCUCCUCCUCCUGUGCGAUGGUAGAGUCAAAUCCUUGUGAUGUUUUGUAUGGCUGUAGACUUUGGCAACAUGUAAAUAAUAUGUAAAACAAGUUUUUAUGAUUAAGGAAUCAAAUUUAUUGAUUUUUUUGAAAGUUGAAACCUAACAUGUAUGAACAAAAAUAAUAAAAGAAUAUACUCUUUUCAUGGACUAUAGUAUUAUGUGAAUGCUACAUUUAUUCUGAACAUGUAGGACUUGCAGAAAUGUAAUGAGAAACUCAUGACUAGAUAGCAAUACUAUUUUUUUAAAUGAUUGUUCUUGUUCGAAAUAUAUUCUCAUUUUUUACCAGGUUAAACAUUUGGAAUCUUACAUUACUUGCUUUUUGCUAGGUGACAGCAAGAUAAAAUUUCACCAUUGCAAGAAUUGUCAAAAUUCCACAAUAAUUAAAAUCUGAAUUGAUUUUUACUGAAUAUGGAAUGCCAAAUUAAAAACGUAUAUGUGUACUCUUUUAAAAAGAAAUUUGACAGUUUUUGUCGAACCAGGAAAUAGAAUGUUAAGAGCUAUGGUUUGUCUUAUGUUGCAUAGAGUAUUCACUUCCUAACUCGAGGAUCUAACUGUAAGAUAGUUGGCUUUUUACACAUGAUUUUCAUCUGAAAAAUUUUACAAAGGUCACAUUUUAACUUUGGUCAAUAGGAAAUGCCUUCAACAAAAAUUAGUGUAAGAAAAGUUCAGGAUACUUUGAAAUAAAACCCAGGAAGCAAGAUUAAUUGGCAAUAAAUUAUAAAAUUGGUGGGAAAAGGGAGUGGAAAGAGAAUUUGCUUAAGGUUUAAAAAACCACAUUUAUUGCAGAAAAAGAAUUCAGAAAUGUAAAGGAAACAAAAAUAACUACCAUCACUCAUUGAUUAUGUUUUUGGUGAUCCUAGAAUUCUUUUGUAUUUAUAUAUUUUAAAAAAUGGAUCUUACUGUAACAGGUUUAAUAAAGAGAUUCUUUUUAAACUACA